UCACAGGACUACCGCCGCCAAGCAUCUCACUUGUUUUGCAGCGAGACUGAAAGAAUUCUUACGCCGCCAUGGCUUCAGAUGACCUUGUAUGGUCCGUCAUUGGAACUGACUUUUGCAGCUUCAGUCAAACUCAAGACCACAAAGGACCAGACGUUCUGCAGGAAUGAACACAACGUAUCGGGUUACUGUUCCAAGCAGUCGUGCCCUCUCGCCAACUCACGGUAUGCCACGAUUCGCUCAGAUCCUGCGACCGGAGACCUAUACCUGUAUAUCAAAGCGAUCGAACGCGCCCAUCUUCCGUCGCAAUGGUGGGAAAAGAUAAAGCUACCCAAGAACUACGGUCAAGCCCUCGAGCUUGUCGACCAACAUCUUGCAUACUUCCCCAAGUUCCUCAAGCACAAGAACAAGCAGCGCUUGACACGUCUGACCCAGGUCAACAUAAGGAUAAGGAAGUUGGCCAAGGAAGAAGAGCGCCUAGGAGAACGCCUGGUUCCUAGACUGGCGCCCAAGGUUCGCCGACGAGAGGAGGGCCGAGAGCGAAAGGCUCUUGCAGCUGCCAAGGUUGAGCGCGCCAUUGAGCGUGUCCUCAUUGACCGUCUGCGCAGUGGCGCAUAUGGUGAUCGACCGAUCAACGUGGAGCCAAAUGUCUGGAAGCGUGUUAUGAACGGCCUACAAAAAGAAGGCCAGCUCAAGGGCGACGAGGACCUGGAUGAGGGCAUCGAAGACGAAGAGGAAGAGAAUGAAUACGAGAUGGAGAACGGUGUCGGUGAAGUCGAAUAUGUGAGCGACAUAGAAGGCGAAUCCGACGACGACUUGGAGGACUUCGAAGACUGGAUAGGUGGCCAGAGUCCAGACGAAGGCUCAGGUGACGAAGACGAUGAAAGUGGUAGCGAAGAAGACGAAGACGAAGAGGCAUCUGAAGACGAAGACACAGAGGCCCUCAAGAAGACGCUGGCGAACCUCAAGCGUAAGCGUCCUGCUGGCCCACCUCCAAAGCCCAAGAAGAAGCCAUCAAAGGACUCAAAGGGCCCGAGACGCGAGAUUGAAAGAACUUCUUUCUCUGUCUCUGAACGUGUGGGUCUCCGGCCAACUGACAUAUCAACCGACAUGAACAUUACGAUACCGACUCAAUCCGAUCUUUUGGCGAGUGAUGUGCUAGACGUGGACGCGGCCAGUGAAGCUGAAUCUGUACAGCAGGCUUGGGGUAAUGAUCAUGCAUCUUCUACUUCACAGUCCAAUCCUUCUAUUGAGCUAGAGGCAUCUGUAAAUCCGUUGGACGAACCUUCUACUACAUUAGACGCCAAUCAGACCGAGACUGCAAAGCCGGACGAUGAAGAAUAUGGUGAGUUUGUACAAGCGUCCACUGACCCUCUCAAGCGACCCAUCUAUGAUACAACGGAGCAAGAUGACGAAACCCUGGGACUUUUAGACAACUGGUCUAGGCCUAUGUGGGAGGUCGAGUGUUACGUCGGUAUCGGCAUGGUCGAGCCAGUGACCGCUAGUAUUGGCAUGGCCACUAGAAGGGUCAAACAGAUGGCUCGUUGGAAGCGAAAUGAUAAUAGGGCAAACAUAAUUGUAGCUGAAUGGAAGAGAAAGCGAACACAAACGAUUGGACGUGGAACGAUCUCUACUGUGGCCGCUGCUGCUGCUGCCGCUGCUGCUCCAUCUUCUGCAGGAGAGGAUUCGGCGCAGCUUGCCACUAUUCCUGUCAGAGCUGUAUCCAACCAGUAUCUACAGACGCCCAGGGCAACGCCUUCAAUCUCCGACCUGAACGGGGUGAUCAGACCGGUUCGUUUUGCAGGGUCGGCAAUUGACGAGAUGGUGGAGACCGAGCGUACGGCCUGGGGACCUUAG